UCUAGCAUAGCACAGAGGAACCUCAGCAAUGGCUUCCGGUGCUCAAGCCGCGAAGAUGGUGGCACUGAGCAUGAUGCUGGCCAUCCUGCUCGCCACCACGGCCGACUCCAAUCCCCAGCCAGACCGCACCUGCUCCGUGGAGUGCGCCUGCGCCGAGCAGUGCAGCCGCCAGUACCCUCGCGUCGACGACGACCCACCUUUCAAGAUCACUCCUGUCUGCACACACCGCACGGAGCACGAGUUCUACGCUCGCCUCUACCUGCACCAUAGUUUUCAAGGGAAAUAUAGGAACCAACAAGACGUAUUGAGUAGUGAGUUGAAAAAUGACUUUGGAUCCUUGAUUGUUAAUGAUUGGGUCAUCACGGACUCACCUGGCCGUGACACCAAGGUUGUGGCUCACGCAAAGGGCAUCCAUAUCCAGGCCGGAAUGGACACCGAAGACUACUAUGUUUCUUUCAACAUGGUGUUCGAUGAUGGCAGGUUUAAAGGGUCCACGCUUCAAGUCAUGGGAACCGUUGUCGCAGAAGGUGAAUGGGCUAUUCUGGGUGGAACAGGAGAAUUUGCAUUAGCUCGUGGAGUUAUUUAUAAAACCUACUCGAAAUACAUUAAUCAAGUGGGUGAUGUGAUUGAACUUGACAUUCAUUGUCUUUACACUGCUAUGGAAAGGUCAAAGGGUACUUAUUGGGCAUUGGAGGCAUGAACAAACGAUUCGAGUCUUGAAAGGCCAUCCAUCCAAUUCCUUCCUGAAGCAUGUGCGCGCUUAGUACAGGUCCAUAAGCUUAGUAUGUAUCCGUCGGUGUCUAUAAAUUAUUGCCAGCAAUAAAAGAUCUUGGUUUAUCAAAACAUGUUUAGUGUCAAGAUCGGCAAACAAAAUCAUUAGGUGAUAUAUCUUACAUGAAGUUGUACCGAUGUGAGCUGAUGUGCUAGCAGAAUAUCAGAGUUGUAGUCUUGUAAAUGGACCGAGUUGUACAUGAAGUUGUACAUGGACAGAAUAUCAGAAUAUCAGAGUUGUACAUGAAGUUGUUAUC